GUGGAAAUGAACAGUCCAAUCCAGGAACCAGAUUUUGACGGAUUUGAUUUCCCAGAAAAAAAUAAAAUUGAUACUACUGAAGAAAACGAAACUGGAUUGCCAAUAUUAGAGGAACAAAUAAAUAUUGUUAAAUCAUUGGAGCGUGUGUCGGAAGAGUUGCCACAGUGUGAAGUCUGUUCGCAGCAAUUUUUAACGAAAAAAGAGCUAAGAUCUCACAUAACUCUCCACCUUGGACAGCCUAGAGUUGUAUUAAAAAGGUGUUCAAAUUUGCAUUUGGUAAAAAAAAAAGAAAAAGACAAAUACAGUUUGACUCAGGAGAAAAAAGGUUCGCUUAAAUUAACACUGAAGAAACAAAAUCAUCGUGAUUUUGCGGUAAUAAGCCGUGAUUUGGAUUUCGACAGUGAUAAUUCAGAGUCUGAAGAGGUGGCAGGUUUAAAAAAAAAUAAUAAAAACGAGAAGGAGGAGGAGGAGCAUGAGGACACUUUGGAUGGCAAUAAUGGCGAACAGACAGAUCAACCUCCACAUGAAUUUGAAAAUGUGAUGGUUAAUGAAGACGAUAAUUAUCAGGAUGAUAAUUAUGAUAACAAUGAUGAGGAUAAUUUUCUUGAAGAUAAUGAAGAAAGACCAUCCGUGGAAAUUAACGAAGGUGAUUCUGGGGUAGGGAGUGAUAUGGCCAAUACUUGUGAAAAAGAUGAUCAAAAUGUUGAUGAUUUACAUAACGUAGAUAAUUAUCAGCACGAAGAUGAUGAUAGAAAUAAUAUAGAAGAACCUGAUGACCCAGAAGAAUCAGACCCCAUUGACGCAACUUACAGGGAAACUAUUGAGAAUUUAAAAAAAAUUGGUGAACAAACUAGUCCCGAUGAAUCAUCAUCAGACGCAAUGACCUCCCGGAUAAACGACAACGACGCCUUGAAAUUACUCUCCAAUAACUCAGCAAUAGAGCUUUACCCGGCAAAAAAAACUUCCAGCAAACCUACCAAAAAUAACAACGAAGCCCUGCGGAUAAACUCAACAAUGAAUUGGAACCAGAUCGAAAACCUAUCCUCCAGAGACAAUGACAGUGACGAGCAUGUAAAUAAAGAUGGUGAAGCGUCCAAAGACAACGCAGACAACAGCACCGAGGCGGGUUUGUUGCUGCAAAAUUUGCUAACAGAGCAUCAUCACAGGAAAAACAACGAGGAAAGAUCUUCUCAAAAUUCCUCCGUGGAAACUGAGUACGUAUCCCUCGAAAGACUAGCUGAGACAGUGAACAAAUGUCGUGUGUGCAAUGAAAAAUUUAACGACAUAACAAUGCUGGAUGAUCACAGAUUAAAAGCCGGUCACUAUCAGUGCAACGUACCAGAUUGUUCAUCUCUAGUGUUCACAACGUCCGGUGAAUUAUCGCUGCACAAAUUACAGUCACAUGAACCUCAUAAUAACAAUCAUCCUCUAUCCCCAACAAUAAGUAUUAUCCCAUCCCAAGUGAACCACCAAUUAUCUCCUAGAAUUACUGAAAGUGCUGCUAGUUUAGGACACAACUCCCCCGGGAUGACAAACCAUCGUUCUCCGUCGACUAUUUCUCCUCAUACAAACUCUCCUCAUAAUUUAUCCCCGCAUCCAAUGAGUUUAGACCCUUUGAACCCGCUCCAAUUAAAUCGUUCCUCGCCGCUGGCUUCUCAUCAAACCCACUCGCCUUCAUAUUCCUCCCAGCACCACCAUCUCCAACAACAACAACAACAUCACCAGCAGCAAGACCACCACUCGCUUCAUCAUCAGCAGCAGAUGAUUCCUCCGAUAAAUUUCGACCAACUACCACCUCCAGUACAACAGUUGGCCCAGCAAGUCCAACGAAUGGCACUACCACAGUCCCAAAUGCCUCCAACAUUACCACCGGGUGCUAAUACGAUGAUACCUGGGCCAAAUUACUUCGUUCAACCUUCGGGCAGGCCUCCGAUGUACCACCGCAUGCCUGGUGGUCCGGGGCAUCAACCAGGUAGUCAUCCACCGCACAAUAUGCAGUAUCCACCUCACUUGGCCCACAUAUACGGUCCCCAGUAUGGCGGACCGUACUCUCAGUACCCGGGCCCGUCCCAAAUGCACCCACAAAUGCAGCAGCAGCUUCAGCAAAUGCAACAGCAGCAACAACAACAACAGCAGCAGCAGCAGCAGCAGCAGCAGCAGACUAGAGGAAGAUAUCCCCCAAGUAUGAUGGCAAAUCCAAGAGGUCCAAGACCGAUGGUUCCUAACCAGGUGCCUAGGCCGAGGCUCAAGAGACCUCUGCUUCCGCAACCUCCCCCGGCUCAAGGCCAGCCUCAGCAGAGAGGUACGGAAGCUAGCACUAGUAAGCAGAGGAGGAUGGAUCUGUUGAUUCCUGAUAGGAAUGAAGACGCGGAUUGUCAUGUUAUUGCGCAGCAGAAGAGGAAUGAUGGAGUGCCGAUUAUUCAGAAUGUCCAGGGGGCUACUGGACAGCCGAGUACUAGGAACGACUCUACUAUUCAUUUAACUGAUUCUAUUACUCUCAGUGUUCGUCAACCUGGUUCCACUCCAGCUCAAGUGCAGAAUCCAGGGACAACUCCUGCGAAAAAAACGGACGCUAAAGCCGUAGCUAAUGUUUUGGCGGCUCGAGGCAUCACGGUGACACCUACGGCGAAUAAAAACAAAACUGGGGAACAGCAGAAGCAACAAUCACCGGCGCAACAACAGCAACAACCGCAGCAACCUCAACGGACUGCGGCCUCGACCUCGCCUUCGGUUACCGCUCUAAAUUUAAACUCUGCCAUUUCUAUUAUUCCUGCGAGUACUCAGAGAAAGCAGCAGCAGGCGUCACAACAACAGCAAUCGCAACAGCAGGACCAGCAGUUUGCAGUACCUCAAAAUAAACAGAGCAAACAGACUAAUCAAGAGAUCGAGAGGCCGCCUAGACCGCCGACGAUUGAUCUUACUCAAGAGUCAAGUCCGUUGAUGGCUCAUACAAGAAGAGGAAGACCAACCAGAGCUGCAUUAACCUGCCAAAUAUGCGAUAAAAGUUUUCAAAAUCAAGAAAUUUUAGUUCAACACAUGGCAUCUCAUCGCACGUCAAAUAAAUUAGACUAUAAAUGUAAUCUUUGUACAGCGGCGUAUCCAACGUCACAAGGUUUAGUUUUGCACAAGCAGAGCUACCACAAGGAAUUGGACAGCGCUCCAACAAAUGGUGGCACAGAGUUAGCGAUUCCAGUGGUAGAUUUAAAGUCACCGCAAACGUUGUCCCGAUUGACUAGUUUGGGUAUUCAAAGUUACAUACCUCUGUCGCAAUUGAGUGCACAAACUGGUGGUUAUUUUGCAUUACCAAUAGUUACUAUAGACAGUCCUCGUAAUCCUAACUCGUGUAAUCUAGGUGCACUUGGUGCUACGUCGAUACUAAGUUUAGGGCCUUUAAAACACCUGUCUAACAGGUAA